GAAACGCCCCUUUUCGCUUAUAUUGCCAAUUGUAACGCAGUCGCGAGCGAGCUGAAAAGCUUGGUGGCUCAAAUUGUCUUAGCCCAGCGCCACACUUGACCCUUCACCGAGAGCCUUGAUUUCAAAUGUCGAUAUUACCUCUACUCGAGAUCGUCAAUCACUGUUUUCAUUUUUUCAUUUAUUGUUUUUGCCAGCAGGGCCUUUGGAGGAGGCAGCAGCUGGAAUUCGAGAGUGAUAUCCUCUACGAUGGCAGGAUAUCAACGAUACGAGCAACUUCCCACAACGAGCAUUGAGCAGCGAAGCAAUUCACCAUAUCGAAAGCCGGUUGCCCCAUUCAACGUCGAACAAUCUCUCCCUUUGGAAUUGACAAAACUUUCUUUUCGCCAGAGAUGGUUCGGUGGACUUCUGUUCACUCUAAGGACUUUGGCUGCGCUCUCAACUUGCAUCCUCAUCAUCAAUGUUGGAUGGUUCGCUUGGGCGAUGAGCAAGUAUGGUGCUGAAAAUGGCUACGGAACCAUUCAAGAAGGCGAUUGUGCGGCGACGAAAUCGCUGAAUACAUGGCUGCAUUUGGCAAUCAAUGCUCUAUCCACAGGACUACUUCUUAGUAGCACAGCAUUCAUGCAACUUGUCAAUUCUCCUUCACGAAACGAGAUUGAUACCGCCCAUCAACAACAAAAAUGGCUUAGUAUCGGCCUUCUCAGUCCUCGAAAUUUCUUCGGUGUAUCGAGAAAGAAAGCAAUUCUUUGCAUCAUACUUGCUCUGAGCUCACUUCCAUUCCAUCUACUAUACAACUCGGUCAUAUUCGCGUCUCUGUCGGCAAAUGAUUACUACUGGGCAGUAGUUACGGAAGGCUUCCUCACUGGCGAUUCAUUUAACCUCACUGCCGCGGAGGAGAGCGGACCAGUUUCUCAAUUUCCUUUGUACGGAGCUGACAACAUCACUUACGACGGACCCGUUGCGCAGCAAGUUCUUGACGCCUACACCAGUAUGCAACAGAAUGCUAGUACCUACGAUCGUCUUGACUUAGCUGCGUGCCUUCAGACAUAUACCAGCCGACUCCUUGUUGAUCGUCGCGAUCUUCUCCUCGUGACUACAGAUCAAAACAGCACGAACUCCAUCCUGGCUUUCUACUCUUCGGAAAUCAGCAGUGAGGGUAGCGAUGAUCCAAUCAACUGGAUUUGUUCAAAUAAUCCAAACACGGAUCGAUCUUCCUGCGAUCCGAGUCCAUUCCUCAAAGAUCCAUCAUCGUGGACCGUUUAUGGCCAUCCAAUUUCGUACUGCUUGAGCGAAAAGGCGCCGGAACCAUGUUCAGUGAAGUUCAGUUCCGGCAUCGCGAUUGCAGUCAUCAUCUGCAACAUCAUUAAAGUGUCUGCAAUGUUCUUCAUUCUUUGGAACAUCGACAUCUCAAGCACCGUAACUUGUACCGGCGACGCAAUUGCAUCUUUUCUGAGUAAAGAGGAUCAAUACACCGGGAACAUGACCAUGGCGAGCAGGCGCGACUUCAACAAACGCGGCUGGUAUAGUGGACAACUCAGCAGCCCACCACGACGAUGGGGAGGUGCAGCAAGCAGAGGCCGUUGGUGUACCACAAUUUUCAUAAUGAUCUUGGCUAUUGUCGUGGUAGUGAUUGUGCUCGCAGCCGCUCUGUCAUCGGCUAGUAUCAAAGGCUACAGUACCUCAAUCAGCUCUCUCUGGAGUCUGGGAAUUGGUACCGUCAACCCAGAACUUCUAGCUUUCUCCGACAAUGCUGGGACGCCAGCUACCAUGGCUCUCCUGGCCAAUGUUCCGCAGCUCAUCCUCGCUUUCAUAUACUUAGUCUACAACGCCAUGUUUAGACUAUUGUUUUCAGCUCAGGAUUAUGCCCUCUUUGCCUUCUCGCCUCAGUGUCUCAUGGUCAGCACUCCGCGAGGGAAGCAGCGCGGAACUUGGUUCCUCGGCUUCCCAUUCUUUUGGGCGGGUCCAAUGCUCGUCCUGCAGACUUUCCUCCAUUGGUUCGUAUCCCAAUCAUUUUUCGUGGUACAAAUUUCUGUUUUCGACGAGUAUGGAGUCCUGGAUAAUGAUUUUGCAUCUAUCUCGAAUUGCGGCUUUUCACCUGUUUCUAUUAUUUGUGCAAUCAUUGUUGCGGGCGUUAUGAUGAUCAUUACAGUGGGUCUGGGGUUCAGAAGACUGAAGAAAGGGAGUCCGCCGGCUGUGGGGAACUGUAGUGCUGCUGUUGCGGCUGCAUGUCACCCCCCUCUCAGGAGUGAGAGAAUGCAGUAUAGGAAGUUGACCUGGACUUCGAGAUCUUGGGGAUCUGGUGUCUUUCAGGGCUUUCUAACGCCAACUGAACCGUAACUUCAUGUUUCACUCGAGUCUUUCGAUUUUGAGAAUGCCAUUUUGUAAAUUGAUAUGCAUUGCUCCUUGUUUCCAGAGUGAUGAUUCGUUACUAAAAUCACCUCACAACUCACCUGAUGGGAGACUUCAUUCCCGCGAUGUCUAGUCCUCUCAGUAGAUGCAUAUCUUGGAAUUGUCCCUU